GCUGACAUCAAAGCACACUUCUAAGAAAAGAAAAAGUGAUUCUCGGGGGAUCAAGAGACCAAUCAAGAAUAAAAUUUGUUUAAAAUAAAAUGAAAACUUGAUGUAAGCAAAUAUUGUUUUCUUAAUUUUAUUUUAAUUCAAAUUUAAUCUUGAUUGACAAUCAAAAAAUAAUAAAAUAAACAUCUGAACGCAUCAAAUAAAAGAUCAAUAGAAAAGGAAUCUGCGUUCAAGAUGUUUAAUUUUAUUUCAUUUUUUGAUUGAUUUCCUUGCCAUCUUACAAGUGAGCGAAGGCUGAUGCCCGAUCUUGAUGAUCGUUCGCUCACGAUGGCAAGGAAAUGUUGGGACAUCAAUCGUGUUUCUCUCUUUCUUUAUGAAUGUUGGCUCACAUGGAAGAGAAGAAUCGAGCCACCAUAAAGAAAGAGAAUUAGAAACACGAUUAUAGGAUGUCCCAACAAAUCCAGAGACAAUUUUCUUUUAAAAUUAAUUAAUCGGUUCUUUCACUUUCGUUUCAAUUAAUUAAUUUUAAUAAAAGAAAAUUUAAAGUCUCUGGAUUGCAUGAGGCUCUUGCAAAAUAGCUGUCCUCCGUCUGGCACUUACUUUCUUUUCUUUUAGACAGCCAGACGGUUGAAGGACAGCUAUUACGAGCCUCAUGCCUGGCUGUAUUUGAUCCCCGGCGUCUCUCUAAAGAAAAAGAAUUGAUUAUGCCGGGGAUACAGCCAGGAGUUGGGACUUAUGUCCUUCCGUCUCUUUCUUUCUUUAUUUGUUGUGAGCAUGAGCGUUCUUUCCCUUCAGCUCAUUAUAAGCUCACAACUAAAAAAAGAAGAAGAGACUAAGGACGUCCCAACAAUCAUUUUCUUAAAAAUAAAAGUGAUUAUGCGUUCAUUAUCUUCCUUGUGAGCACUAUUUUCCUGUUUUCUUUUAUGUGUGCUAACAAGAGAAGAUAAUUUGAACGCACACUUUUAUUAAAGAAAAUGAUGGAAAGAAGUCCUGAUAUCGCUGGCCAAGUAAAAGAAAAUAUGAAAAUGCCAGCGAGGACUUAUUUCCGUCUCUUUUUCAAUCUUUUCUUUGGCCAUUAACCGAUCACUCUCUUAUUUUCUUUUUUAAUAAUUGAUCGGUUAUUAAUGGCCAAAUGAAAAGGAAAAAGAGACAGGAAAUCCAAGAAUUGAUUGCUAUUAUUUUCCAGUUUCUUUCUUUGUGGUCCUUGAUGAUGGCAACACAGGAAAUAAUAAAAGCCAUCAUCAAGAGAGAGACACAAAGGAAGAGGAAAAUAAUGCUCAAUCUUGGAUUCCAGACAACUUUUUGAUCUUUCUUUAAAAUAAAAGUUAUCAAUUCGUGAGCUCAUAGGAGAUAGAAAAAGGAAUGAUCACGAAAUAACUUUUAUUUUGUAAAAGAAAGAUCAAGAAAAAGUUGUCAUCACGAUUCUAAGAUCCGUUUCUUAUUUACAACCGUUGUCUAUCAUCUUUCUUUUCUAAAAGAAAAAGAAGAAGAAAAGAAAGAUGACAACGGUUGAUAAGAAGCGGACAGUGAAUCGUGAUUCUCCCUUGUGGAAGACAGCAAUAAUAUUAUAACCGCUUGCAGCUUCCUUUCCAACUUCUGGAUUAUUCGUUUCUACGGACCACCGACUGGCUCUUUUUUUCCUUUAAUAGGUGGUCCGUUAGAAGAAACGAAUGAAAAGAAGUUGGAAGCGGAAAAGCUGUGCGGUUAAAGAUCAGCUGUCUUCCUCUGGCUCUCUAUUCCGCAAUCAUUCUUUUCUUUAGUGUGGCUUCAUUAAGAGAAGAAAUAAGAGAAACGCCACACUAAAGUAAAAGAAGAUUAAGCGGAAGCUCUUGAAGAGCCAGAGCCAGAUAAGGAUCCAGCGGUUAAUAAUGAGACCGUCGUGAGCUUCUUUUUCUCUUUCAAGAGAACGCUCACGACCUUGGGCUCAUUAUCCGCUGGAUCAUUGACGGUUAACUUAUUUUUCUUAUUGACAGCUUUUCCUUUAACUGCUGUCAAUAAUAAGAAAAAUAAUUAUUUAACCGUCAAUAAUCAAGACUAAAUAAUUUUUCUUUAAAUAAAUUUCUAUUUCUCUUUUCUUAAAGAAAUUUAUAAGAAAAAUUAAUUUAGAUCUUGAUUAGAGAAAAGCUUGUUUUUCUUUUUAUUAUUUUCCAAAAUUUCAUUUUAAUGAAAGAAAAUAAUAAAAGAAAAAAAUCCAAGCUUUUCGAUUUCCUUUUCAUAAUUCCUUCUUUUGUCUUUAUUAUCAAUUGGCUGUUCUUUUUUCCUUUAUUUUAUUGCCAAUUGAUAAUGACAAAAAGAGAAGGAAUAGAAAGGAAAUCUUAUCAUUAAUUUUUAUUCAUUUGAAAGAACAGAAUUAAUUGGAUCAUAAUAUCCGUCCAUCAUUGAGUCCUUAAAAAAGAAGAAAAGAUUGGGACUCAAUGGACGGAUAAUGAUGAUCCAAUUUCUGUUCUUGAAUUCAAAGGAAAAUUAAUGAUCCUGGCUGUAAUGAUGUCUUCGUUCCACCGUCUAUCAAUAAAGAAAGGAAAAUAGGUGGAACGUUAGGAAGACAUCAUUAUUACCAGCCAGGCAUUCCUUUUCCAAUUUCCAUCUCCUUUACGAUCGCACACAACUAAUUCCUUUCCAAAUGUUGUGUGGAUGAUCGUAAAGAUGGAAAUGGAAAGGAAUGAUCACUUUUUUUAAAGAAAGAUUUAUAAGAAGAAAAAUUAAAAGUAAACUUAAGAUUGAAGAUGAGAUGUCCUUCAGGACCUUCAAUCGUUUACUUUAUUUUUCUUCUUAUUCUUUCUUUUAUAAAAAAGUGAUUGAUGAGCCCGAAGAAAGAGCCAAUUAAUCGAGCGAAGCACUCUAGUGCCAGCGAUGAACGCUGUUCGCUCGAUUGGCUCUUUCUUUUCUACGGGCUCAUCACUUCCCGGAUCACUUAAAGAAAAUGAAUGAAAACUAAUUUCUUCAGAAAUUGAUCAAAGUUUUCAUUUUUCAUUUUCUUUAAUCCGGGAAGUUGGAAGCCUUGGGAAUUUUCUUGUAACCGGUUAAUGAUCUCACCCACAGACGCUUUUCCUUUUCCCUUUUUUCUUUAUUAUGCGUCUGGGGAAAGGUGAGAUCGUUAUUAACCGGUCAAGAUAAAUUCCAAGCCAAGGCUUCCAUCACACGGAGAAUCAUAUUUUUUCUCUUAAUCUUUUCUUGAAUUAAAUUUCUAUCAUUUUACAAAUGAAAUUUAAUUAAGAAAAGAAAGAGAAAAAUAUGGAUUCCUAACCGUGUGAUCUUCUCUUUGAUCCCGGCAAACAUUAAAAGAAAAGGAAAUAGUUUGCCGGGCUUCUCUCUCUCUCGUUCUCAUCAUAUCAAUUGCAAAUAAUUAAAAGAAAAAGCAAUUGAUUAUGAUGAUGAGAACGAAGGAGAGAAGAUCAAAGAGAAGGUUGGACAGGCGGUUAGUGUCUCAAGAUGUGUUUCUGUGGGCCUUUGAAUAAGACUCAGCUUAUGGCCCACAACAUCUUGAGCACGUAACCGAUCUCUUCAGGAGAUCCUGUCCAACAUCUGGCGGUCACAAAAAAGAAAAAGAAGCAUCUGACCGUCUUUAAGAAAAAGAAUAACGGUCAAUCAAGAUGCUUCUUCUUUUUUGUGUCUAACCGCCAGUUAACUUUCCCGCUCACGACAUAAUUCCUUUCUUUGGUUCCAAACGUGAGCAUAAUUCCUUUGCAAGUGCUCACAUUAAGUUUGGAAACCAAAUGAAAGAAAAUUUCUGGUCGUGAUUAUAGCGGGAAAGCUUUCCUUUCUGAACGCCAGUGAAGGCAUAACCGGUUGAUCAACCUUCGAUCACGAGAGCCUCAGCCGUUAAUGGGCCUCAAGCCCUGGCUGAUGAAGGCUCUCGUGAAGGUUGACCGGUAAUGCCUCACGGCGUUAAAGAAAGGAAAGAAAGAACCAGACGAUCGUACCCUCGCUUCUAACUGCUGACCCUUAAUCCCUUUCUUUUUUCUUUAAUGUAGGGUCAGCAGAAGUUAGAAGCGAAGGGUUCCGAUCCACUGUCUGGUUCUGUCUCUUUCAUAACAAGAAAAACAAAUUGAUUUCUAAUCCUUUAUCCAGCAUGAUCAAGUUUCUCGAUUUGAAAAAUAAUAAGAGAAACUCAUGCUGGAUGAUUAGAAAUCUGUUUUUCAUGAUCAUGAAAGAGACGAUAGGAAGACCUUCUUUCUCUCUUUAUUGUGUGCGUCAGCAUCAAGCUGGCUCUCAAGAGCACGCACACAAGAGAGAAAGAAUAAUGGUCUUCCUAUCAUUCAUUUUCAAUUUUAAUAUUUUCCAAUCAUAACUUUCCAAUAUUUUCCUAUUUCUAUUUUUUAUUGGAAAGUUAUCGGAAAAUAUUAUUGAAAAUGAAUUCCAGAGAUCCAUCAUUAUCCAGCGUUCACUUAAAGUGAGCCCAGAGCUUUCUAUGAGCCCGUUCCAUCAUUCCAUGGGCUCAACGCCGGGCUCACGUGAACGCUGGAAAUGGAUCUCUGGACUCAUCACUGGCUGUAACAACAUUUCGUUUACAUUUUUCUUUAUGAAUCGUCUUCCAAGCUGAUGGCUAUUUCUUUUCUUUAUUGAGGCCAUCAGCAGACGAUUCAAUUAAAGAAAAAGAAACGAAAGUUGUUUGAUCGCCAGUGAUGGUGGGCCCAUUAUUAAUGUUGUGACAUCGUGUGCGAUCAUGGUGACCCGUCAUCAGACGUGAGCUUGCGCUCUCACCCGCACACAGAUGAUGUCACAACAUCGGGCCCACACACAUCCUCCACCUGACGCUAUUUCUUUCUUUGUGGAUCAGCAAUUGCUUUCUUUUACAAUAAUUGCAAUUGCUUCCGGAUCCACUAAUAAAGAAAGAAUUAAGAGCGUCAGGAGCUCGAGGAUGUGUCAUUUUCCUGUAGAACCAAUUUCUUUCUUUCCUUUCUUAAGUCGUGAUCCUUAAUCUCUGGCUCUUACUUCUUUAAUGUGGGAAUUGAGCCAGAGAUUGAUCACGACUGAAAGGAAAAUGAAAAUUGGUUCAGGAAAAUGAUUCACAAUUAAAUAAAGGAAAGAAAAAAUAAUGUACGGACUAAUUAUUAAAGAAAAGAAAGUAAAGAUCGUCCGUACAAUUAUUUUCUUUCCAUUUAAUUGUGAAUGAAGAGAUGGAUAUCAUGACACGUAUCAUCUGUGGGUGGCGGUGAGCUUAAGCUCUAACUUUAACCGCCAUUACCCACAGUGAUUAAUCGUGUCAUGCCAUCUCUUCACCUCCAAGAUUUGAUUUAUUUUCCAAUAUUUUCUUCAUUUGUGGUCUUUGAUGAUGGCAACAGAGAAAACAAGAAAGGCCAUCAUCGACCACAUUAAAUGAAGAAAAAGGAAAAUAAUAACAAAAUCUUGGAGGAUAUCUCUUGCAAAUUCUUCUUUUUAAAAAUAAAUUUAUAAAUGGUGAGAAUUAAUUAUCUCUGAGCUCACCAUUUAAAUUUAUUUUUAAAAAGAGAAGAAUUAAUAGCAAGAGAUUAUUAUUUAUUUUAUCAUUGACAUUUCUAUUUUCUUUUCAUAAGAUCUUGGCUAUUAAUAAUUAAUACUAAGGAAAGGGAAAAGCCAAGAUCUUAAAAAGAAAAGAAAAUAAAGAAAUGAUGAUAAAAUAAAUGAUUAUAAAAUAGAAAACUAAAAUCUCUGAACUUAUUAUCUUCUGUUCUUUUAAUUUUAUUUGAUAAUAAAAAUUAAAAAGAAGAUAAUAAGUUGAUGACAGAGAUUUCUAGUUUAUCAUUUUAUAAUCGUCUCUUUCAUAACCAUGGAAUUUAUUUUCAUUAGUGGCCAAUAGAAAAAAGAAUAAAAGACAAGGCCACUAAUGAUUAAAAUAAAAUUCCAUUGAUGAAAGAGACAGGAUCAGGAAUAAAAUUAUCCGUCGGUCGGGACAAGUUUUCACUCUCUGGCUAACUGUGGCGGUGGAAUAGGACCUAAGGUCCCCGCCAUCAGUUAUUAAGCCAGAGAUUGAAAGCCCGACCAUAUGACGGAUAAUCACCCUGAUCCUGAACACUUUUUUCUCUUAAUUUCUUGUGAACUAAUGCUGGCUCGAAUAUCAGCCUCAAGCUGAUGCCAGCAUUCACAAGAAAUUGUAAGAGAAAAAAAGUUAAUCGUUGACGGAUCUUUGAUUUAAUUUCUUAUUUUCUUAUAAUCGUUUACAAAUAAUUUUUCUGAAAGAAAUUAAAAUUAUUUUCUAGUAAACGAUUAUUAGAAAGAAAUUAAAUCCAUCAAUCAUGUUUUCCUUCUUCUUUUUAAUAAAAUAAAUAUUUGAUGUGAACGCAAGAGAAAAGAAAAUGCGUUCACAAUAUUUAUUUUAAAAAAAAGAAGUAAGGACAUGAUUGAUGAAGAUUCCUUGACAACUAUAUUUUCUUUGUAAACUCAUUGAUCACUUUAAGUGAAGAAAAAAAGUGAUCGUUUACAAAAGAAAAAUAGUACAAGGAAUCUUGAUCCAGUGCUAACAGCUAAUUCUUUCUUUUCUUAUUAUUAGAAGCGAGCCUAAGGGCUCAGACGCUUCUAAUAAGAAAAGAGAAUUAUUGCUGUUAGCGUAACUGGAUCUAUUUCCUUUACCAAUAUUUUCCUUUAUUUGAAAGAGAAAAUUAGAAAGUUGUCAAUUGAUUGUUAUUUUGUUUUUCUUUUUAACAAUCAAUUGUGAGACAACUUUCAUUUUCUCUUCAAAUAAAAAAGGAAAAUGGUAAAGGAAAUGUCCGUGCCUCAGUUGCUAGAGCGACAGCCUUAGGCUGGCCAGUAAUGGCUCGCUCUUUUAGCAACUGAAUCAGGCACGGACAGAAAGGAAAAGUAAAAUUAUUGAUGGCUCUUCCAGCAGCUGAUAAAAUAAAAAAUAAAGAUAAAGAGACUGCUGCUGGAAGAAAGAGCCAUCAAUAAAUUCUUUUCCUUUCGUCUCUUACGAUCGUGUCUUUUUCUUUUUUCUUUAUUGAAGCGUCCAGCUUACAGCUGAUCCAUCAGACGCUUCAAAUAAAGAAAAAGAAGACACAUCGAUCGAAAGAGACAAGAGAAAGCUCCGAUUGGACGGGUCAUAUAAUGCCAUCAGGGCAUUCCCGUCCGAGCUUUCUCUUAUCAGCGGUAAGAAUUUCUUCAUUCCAUCAGCAAUCUUCUAUUUCAUGCGGUCAAUCAAAUACAAAUAGAAAAGAGAACGAUUGACCGCAAUAGAAAUACGAUUGCUGGAAUGAAGACUUACCGCUGAGAUCAGGAAAAUAGCUGUCAACAUUUAUCACGAGCCUAAUAACGAUGGCAAGGUCCUGAAGGACUGAGCAUGAAGCUCACCAUCGUAGGCUCGUGAUGUUGACAGCGAAUCAAUUUUCCUGAUCCUUUCAUCAUCGAUCUUCCGCUUGCUUUCCUUUCGUCUCUUUGAAAGAGACAAAGCAAGCGAAGAUCAUACGAUGAUGAAAGAGAAAAGAAGUGAGUCUAAGACCGCCGUCUAUUAAUCAUCUCUUUCUUUCUCUUAAUAAAUGAGGAAAGAGAUGAUAGACGGCUGGUCAAGACACUUCUUUUCUGUGGCCUUGAGGGCCACCUUUCAUUUCAUAAAGAAAUGAAAGAAAGGAAUCUCUGAACUCCGUGUCCUUUCUCUUUUCUUUUGUAAAAGAAAACAAAAGAAAAGCGGACACGGAGUCAGGAUUCCUUUCAUUUCUUUAAAGAAAUGAAAGAGAUCCAGCGUUAGGUUCUCACCUUCUUCAUUUCCUUUGAUAGAAAAUGAAGGUGAUGAACACGCUGGAUCUAGAUUUCCUGUAGGAACGCUCAUCAGGAGCGCAUAAGCCGGCGAGCCAAUAAGAGGCCUCAGCCUCGGCUCUUUCUCCGGCUUAUGUUCCACAGGAAAUCGAAGAAAACGAAUCAUUCAUUCUAACCGCCCAUUAAAAGAAAAUGAUAAAGGACAUGGCGGUUAGAAUGAAGAUUCGUUUUCUCUUUCAUCAUCCAUCGAUUCCCGGUCCAUCUUCUUUUUCCUGUUGAUGGCAUUAAGGAAAAGAUGAGCCAUCAACGGAAAGAAGAGAUUGGACCGGAGAACCUGGAUGAUGAAAGGAUUCCUGAUCUAGGAUCGCUUCUUUUCCAUCAUCUAGUGCCGCUAUUAAAGAAAAUAAAAGAAAAGGGAACUAGCGGCACCAAUGAUGAUGGAAAGAAGAAAUCCGAUCAGGAAUCAAUCCAGUGCGGACAGAGAAGAUUAGUUAACCGCUGAUGCUGAUGCAUCGUAUCGUUUGCGGUUAACCUUCUCUCGCACUGGAUUAAAUGCAGGCCCAGAGAACAUUGGCUUUUCUCUUUCUUUCAAGAAGCGUGCGCAUCAGCGCAAUCAAUCGCUUCUUUUAAGAAAGAAAGAGAGCCAAUGUAGGCCUGCAUUUGUUUCCUUUCAACCGUCGGUGAGCUCUUAACUGCCUCAGCAGUUUUCUUUGAAGAGCUCUUUCUCGACGGUUGGUAAGGAAACGAUCACUGAUCCUGGAUCACGCUCAAGAUCAUGCAUUUUUCUUUAGAAGAGUCGUUCAUCAAUGCAGGUGAUCUGAGGAUCAGUCCUUGAGGGACAACCUGCUGAACGACUCUUCAAAGAAAAGGAAUGCAAUGAUCGGAUCGUGUUCCUCUGGAUCAGUGAUGUGGGCCCACAGGAUCAUGACAACCUUCUCGUCGACUCUCUCUUUCUUUCUCUUCUUAUAGAAAGAGAGAAGACGAUGAAGGCAUGAUCCUGUCUCUGGGCCCACCUUUCCUUUCCCAUUUCACUUGGUCGUUUUCUUUUCUUAAUUGAUCUCUUAUGUGAGCAUGAGAUCAAUGAAAAGAAAGACCAAGUGAAGGAAAGGAAAGAUCUCUUCGAUUCAAUCAGGAGACCCUUGUUUUCACUUUCUCUUUUAUUAAAUGUGGGCAUCAGGCCCACAUAAAAGAGAAAGAACAAGUGUCUCAAGAUUGAAUGAAGAGAUGAUUGGCGGGUUAACAAUUGAUCGCAUGAAUGAAAAGAAUAAGCGAUCAAUUACCCGCCAAUCUCUUUCCUGUGGAUCAUCUGCCGGAGAUAGAGCGAGCUCUUGAAGAGCCAGCCUGAAGCUGUCGCUCAUCCACCGGCAGAUUGAUCAUCCACAGGAAAGGAAUCCUGUCCGCGUCUACGUGAGCUUAAUGUCAGCAUCAGGCUGACGCUCACAUAAAUGUAGACGCCCAGGACAGGAUUCAAUCCCAGGACCAUUGCUUCCCUUUCAUAAGAGAAAGAGAGAAUCGUGCGUUCGUGAGCUCAUUUUCAAUCUACGAUUGAGGCUCACGUGAUGAACGCACGCUCUUUCUCUUUUUUAAAAGGGAAGCAAUAUAUGGCCUGGGAUUCCAUCAUUCAUUAUCCUUCUGCGAACCUUGGAGAUCUUGACAGCUAAGUCCUGAACUUAUGUCAGGCUGUCAAGAUCAAGGUUCGCAAGGAUAUGAAGGAUGGCUUUCCUUUCCAAGAAGAAAUUAAAAUGUAAACUGGUAAUGAAAAUGUUGUCACAAAGAUUUCCUGAAGAAAUCCAACAUUUUCCCAGUUUACAAUUUCUUCUUUAUGGAAAGGAAAGAAGGACACGAUCACUUUUAUUUUUCUCUUUUGACUUUUCUUUUGAUGAACGAUAUCAAUCGUUCUUCUAUCAAAAGAAAAGAAAGAGAAAAUAUAAGUGAAAACGUGUCCUUACAACAUUUUCUUUUAAAAGAACAAGAGAACGGAUUGAAGCUGAUGCACUGCAGUGCCAGCCUAAGGCUGAUCAGCUUCAUAUAAUCCGUUCUUCUUUUCUUUUAGAAAAUGUUGUGAUCAAGAGUUCUCGUUUUUCUUUUUUCUUUAAUCGUCUAUUUUCUUUCUCUUGACGAUUAAUAAAGAAAAAAGAAAAGAACGAGAAAACUCUUGAUCCACUUUCCUGUAUGACCGAAGGUUGAAGCCCAGAGGGCUCUUCGGUCAUGAUCGCAUCAGCGAUCACAGGAAAGUGAUGCCUGGCGGAAAAGAGCUCUCAUUCAGCUUCAAGCUGAAGCUCUUUUAUCGCACCGCCAGGCAUAAUGGCCAGAUCUUUAAUCUUGAGAUCUUUCUCUUCCUUGGUUCUGCUGGCAUCUACAAUCUCACUUUAAGAAAGGAAAUGAAGUGAGAUUGUGCCAGCAGAUUACAAGGAAGUGAAAGAAGAUCAAGAUUAUCUGGCCAUGAAUUCCUUUCUGACGAUCUCUUUAUCAGCGGUCUUGGAAGAGCUUCAGCUUCAAGCUGAGGCCUACAGGCCAGCUCUUCCAGAUUGACCGCUGAAAAGAGACGAGACGAAAGGAAUUCGCUUCCUUGAAGGAAGCAUUACACGCCAAUCUACAGGACCUGGAUCUAAAAGAGCUUCCAUCAAAUCAUCGCUUGCUUAAUAAAAGAAAAGACAAUGCAAGCGAUUAUGAUUUGAUGGUGAAGCUCUUUUGAUCGGUCCUGAAGGCGUGUAAUCUCUCUCUUGAUGGUGCGAUCAAACCACACGAUGGAUAAUGGCUCGUCAGCAUCAGCUGAGUCCCUAAGGACCGAGCCAUCAUUACCAUCGUGUGGAUCUGAGAUCGCACCUUUAUCAAGAGAGAGAGUCCGUGCAUGCACGGACAUGGAAAAUAAUGCUGUGAGGAGCUCCUCUUCAGAUCAAUCUCCUAAAGAAAGAGCAUCAGCUCGGAGAUUGAAGAGGAGCUCAGAUCACAGCAUUCUAUUUUCCAUUUCAUCCUCCAUCUCAUUUCCUUUAUAAUUUAAAAAAGAAGAAAACGAAAGAGAAUGAAGAUAAAAUGUGAGCUUUCUUUCAAGCAUCGCUUGGCUCACAUCUUCAUUCUCUUUCAUUGUUUUCUCUUAUUUUAAAUAAAGGAAAUGAUAACCUGGAGGAUGAAUGAAGAGAUCUUCAAGGGCUUACAUUUUUUCUUUUUGAUCGUGUACGAGCGAAUUAAGACCUUAUGGUCCGCUCGUAUCGAUCACGAUCAUUAAAAGAAAAAAUAUUGUAAGCCCGAACUGAUCUCUUCAUCUUUACGAUCAAUAAGAGAAAAUGUAACUUCUGACCAACAAAUGAAAAAGAAACUGUUGGUCAUAAGAAGUUACAAUAUUUUCUCUUGAUCGUAAAGGUGUUUCCUUUAGAUGAACCGUCCAUGAGCUCACAAUCGAAAAGGUCCUGAUGGAGCACUGCAGUGCCAAUUGAAAAUUGCCUUUUCGAAGAGCCCAUGAAAGACGGUUCACGAGAAGGAAACACAAAUUCAUUUUCAAAUAAAAUUUAAUUUUAAUUAUUUCUAAAUUUAUUUUUUAUAUGACAGCAUCAUAUUAAUUUCCUAUUUCUUUUUCUUUAGGAAAUUGAUGCUGUCAUGAUUAUAAAAAAUAAUUUAGAAAAAUAUAAUUAAAAUAAAUUUAUGAAAAUGAAUUAAAGAAAGAGAUCGUGACAUUCAUUCUCUCUUGAUUUGAGACAGCUUUCUUUAACUGCGUGUCUUUUAUACGAGCGAAUCAAGUGCUGAAGCACAGCUCGUAUGACACGACAGUUGAAAGCUGCUCUGGAUCAAGCGAGAGAAUGAACAACACGUUAAUCUCUUUCUUUGUCUCUUUCAACAUAUCGUUCACAUUUUCUUUUUCUAAAAUUAAAAUUAAAUAGUUGACAGCAGAGAUUUCUUCAGUGAUCUGUCAACUAUUCAUUUAAUUUUAAUAAGAAAAAGAAAAUAAAUGUGAACGAUUGAAAGAGACGAAUCCAGAGAUCAAUAAUUUUCUUUUCUUGUGAAUAAUCGUCUGUCAUUUUGAUGGCUAAUUCUUUUCUUUCUUGUAGACGCCAUCAAAAUUAUUGACAGACGAUUCACAAGGAAAGAAAAUUCUCUCUGGAUUCAUUUUCCUUUUCGAUCUUCUUCUGGGCUUCCUCUUUUCUCUGCUGGCCUCUCUUAAAGAGAGAAUCUGUUGCCAGCAAAAGAGAAAAGAUAAGGAAGCCCUUAUGGAAGAAGAUCUUGGAAAAGGAAAAUUGAUAAAAAUUUCUUUCUUAAUUAUAUUUUUCAUCAUCCUCGGUCUUUCUUCUCUUAUCCUUUUUCUUUAUAUUGACCGAGGAUGAUUAUGAAAAAUAAAUUAAGAAAUGUAAAAUUUUUAUCUUAUUCAUUUUUUAUUUGAAAAGAAAUUUGAUCCGUCGGUAAGAGCUGAGCCUCAAUCCGUUCUCUCUUUCUCUUUUCAUAAGAGAACGGAGGCUCUGAGGCUCUUACCGACAAGAGGAUCAAAUUUUACUUUUCAAAAAAAUGAAUAGAUGACCGCAGAAGAAUACCUUCUUUCUUUCUUUUCUAUUGUGGGCGUGUAUUCUUUCCUUUAAUGUGAUCGCCCACAAAGAAAAGAAAUGAAAGAAAAGGUAUUGCGGUCAUCCUUUCACGGUCCCAUCUUUUUCUUUUUUACAAAUUAAAAGAAAACAUUUCUUGAGGAAAUUAUUGUUUUCUUAUUUUAAUUUGUAAUAAAAGAAAAGAUUAAGGACUUCGUGAAAGCUUUCCUUUCCAUUAAUGCCGGCAAUUAACUCUGGGCUCGAUGUCUUCCUUUCUUUUUAUUAAUGAAGAGCCCAGAGUUGCCGGCAAUGGAAAGGAAAGAAUGGCGGCCUAUUAAUCCACGAGCUGAUGGCCGUUAUUCUCUUUCUUUGUGUCGGCCAUCAUAUGCUCGUGGAUUAGCCGCCAUUGAUGGACAGACCCAUGAGAUCUUGAAUGCUGUGAGCUCUUGAUGAGCUGGCCCUAAGGCCCACAGCAAAGAUCUCAUGAAGUGCGUCUGUCCAUCACUUUCCUGUAAGAAAGGAGAAGAACCGGGGCUUAGCUCGUGCUCAUUAAUUGUGGGCUUGGAAGAGCGCUUAACCGCUCCCCACAAUUAGCACGAGCAAGCUAUUCCCGGUCUCUCCUUUCCAUUACAGGAAAGGAAAGGAAACGGAUGAACACGUCAUUGACUUUGACACGAUUGUUCUUUUUCUUUUGUGAGAUCGUGUCAAAGGCAUGACGUGUCAUCACAUCGUUUCCUUUCUCUUAAUGAAUCAUUUAUUUUCUAAUUAUUUAAAAAGAAAAAAGAGGAUUAGAAAUUAUUUAUUUUAUAUUUGUAAACAAAUAUUAAUAAAAAAAUAAAUAAUUAAUCCUCUUAUCUUUUCUUUUUAAUAAUUACUUUUUUCUUUUCCUUUGAUCAUUUUUUCAUCAUUCUUUUUUCUCAUUGUCUCAUUAAAGAAAAUGCUUUUUCUCUUCUUCUUGUUCUUAUGACAGCUUUCUCUGAAGAGAAAAUAUGUGCUGUCAUAAAGAAAGAACAAGAAAUUAGAAGAGAAAAAUAGCAUUUUCUAUUAAGAGACAAUGAUAAGAAAAAAGAUGAUAAGAGAAAAAAUGAUAAUGCGGGAUAAUAAUAAGAGCUUCCUCAUGAUUCUCUUUAUCUUUUAUUUGAUAUUUCCUUUUCCUUUAUCAAAUAAAAGAAGAGAAUCAUAAGAAGGAAGCUCUUACUAUCCCGCAUUGUCAUCAGGAGAUUCAUUAUCCAACAUUAAGAAUCACAAGAUUAAAUUUUAAUUUUAUUUCAAAUAAAAUUAAUAAUCUUGUGAAUGUUGGAUAAUCUCCUGAUGACGAUCACGCUUUCUUUAUUCUGUGGCCCCAAACAACUUUCUCCUUUGCCUUGUCCUUUCUCUUUUAUUAAAGCGGACAAGGCAGAGAAAAGGAGAAAGUUGAAGGCCACAAAGAAGAAAGUGUAAGCGUGAUCCCUUUCCUUUACUUUUAAUAAAAGAAAAAAGAAAACAAAUGAAGAAGAAGAAAUAAAAGAAAAAUAUCAAUCUUUGAUUGAAAACUCAUUUUUCUAUUUCUUCUUCUUCCUAAUUUGUUUUCUUUCUUUUAUUAAAAAGAAAAAUGAAAAUAAAAUUAAAAUUUAAUAUCAUGCCAACUUCAUCCUCAAGAUGAAAUCAUGUUGGCAUUAAAUUUUAAUUUUAUUUUCUAUUUUUCUUUAAGUAAAGGAAAGGAACACAUUUUCUUACAAUAAUUAAUUUUAAUUUUAAAUAUUUUCUUCUUUCUAAUUUCAUCAGGAAAUUAGAGAAAAUAUUUAUUAAAAUUAAUUUAUUGUGAGAAUGUGUUCAUGUAAACGAAUGUUAUCAAUCUUCUCUUCCGCUUUAUUCUCUUCUAUGUGUUGGCUUGUCUCUUAUUAAUUGCCAACACAUAAAAGAAGAGAAUAAGAAAGCGGAAGAAUAAGAAGAUUGAUGUCAACAAUCGUUUACGAAUCCAUCGAUAAUGUCGGCUCUAAUAAAGGUGCGCUCAACGAUUGCUUCCUUUCUUUUUCUUCAAUCGUUGAUUGUGCGCACCUUUAGGCCGACCGAUGGAUUCCCUGGACACCCUGGAUCUUUAAGAAAAGAGAGAAUCAAAUGGUCGGUCAUAAGAUAAAAAAUGAAUGAUAAAAUGAUUGACCGACCGAUUCUCUCUUUCUUAAGAUGGGUGUCCAGGAGAUGACCGGCAGAUCAAUCAAAAUGAGUUCUUAUGGACGAGCUGAAACGCUUUCAUCACUUGCGUUUCAUUUGAUAGCUCGUCCAGGAACUCUUUUGAUGACCUGCAGGUCAUCCUUUUCCUUUCUUUUCCUUUGAGCCCCACAUUCUCCUUUUCAUUGAUGGCCUGAGCUGUAAGCUCGUAUGAUGAGGCCAUCAAAUGAAAGAGAAUGUUGGAGGCUCAAAGAAGAAAGGAAAAGAAGACACGCUCCUAAUAAAAGAAAAGAAAGAAAAGGGAAAACUAUGAUUGCAUCUGCAGAUGCCAGUUUUCCUCUUUCUUUUCUUUAUAAGAGCGUGUCUGUGGCCCUGAUGGCCACCAUUCCUUUGCAAGCGAUCCAGACAGAGCUUCUCUGCAAAGAGAAAAUGAAGCUCUUUUGUCUGGAUCUGAUCUUGCAAAGGAAUGAUCCGUGCGAUCCAAUGGUCCUGAUCAUGAUGAAGAGCUCAACAUCAGGUUGGCGCUACAGCGCAGCUCUUCAUUCAGGAUCAUAGGACCAUCAUCGCACGGAUCUAAUGUGGGCACAAUCGUAGGCCUGAAAGAAAGAGACGCUUAUAUGUCCUUCAGGACCGUCUCUUGAUCAGGCCUUCGAUUAAUGGUGCCCACAUUCUUUCCUGUGACUAAUCGUGUUUAACCGGUUGAUCGGGAAGAGCGAAACAAGUCCUGAUGGACAGCUCUUCCAACCGGUUAAAAUACACGAUUUGUGUCACAGGAAAGAGAUCCCGCAUCAUCAUAUUCUCUUUUUCUUGAUGAAAAAGAAAGAAUAGAUGCGGGAUCUAUGGCUCUUCAUUACAAUCUCCAGAUGAUCUUCACGUUCUCUCUUUUCAUAAGAGAGAAGAUCACAGGAGAUUGUAAUCAAGAAGAGCCAUUAGAAAGAAGAAUUCCAUGAAAGGAGAUCCAUCAACAGAUCCAUCUAGCAGCACAUAAAUAAAGAGAGGAAGUGCUGCUGGAUCUGUUGGAUCUCCUGAAUUCUUCUUUCAUCAUCUCUUGUAUUAAUCCUCCCCGGUCAUCUGCUGUCAUCUUUCCAUUAAGAAGGAAAGAUUAUAUGACAGCAGAUGUGGGGAGGAUUAAUGAUUCAAGAGAUGACGAUUCCCAAGCCUUCGAUGAGCUCGUCAGCAUUAAUUGUGGCGAUCGGUUAAGCGAUCGUCAGGCCACAAUUAAUGGACGAGCUGAUUCAUCGAAGGCAGGGAAUCGAUUCCUGAUCGUCUUCCUGAAGGAAGAAAUCUUGAUUGAUGGCGGGAUCGCAUCAGGCGAUCGAUGAUCCGCCAUUUUCAAUCAAGAUUCGAUCAGGAAUCAAGAAAGAGUUUUAAGAUUUCUUCUUUAUCAAAAUGAAUGAAAGUGAUAAAGAAAAUUCAUUUUGAAGAAGAAAUCGAAACUCUUUCUUUAUGAACGAAGUGAUCCUUCCACUGCGGUGCUUAACUCUGAAAGAGCCGGCAUAUGCCGGUUAAGCCCGCCAGUAAGAGGAUCAUAACUUCGUUCAUCAGGAGGUUUAAAUAUUUUCUUCUUAAUAAUGAAUUCUAUUUUCUUUCAGAAGAAUUCAUUUAGAAGAAAAUAUUAUAAUAAACCUCCUGUCUUCUCUUUUCCCUUUAUUAACAAUCUCUUUUUUGAUCUCUUAAUUUCUUCUCUUUCAUAAUUAAUUGUGAUUAAUUAAGAGAAGAAAAGAGAUCAAAAAUAAGAGAUUGAUAAAGGGAAAAAGAGAUGUCCUUGAAAACAAUUUCUUUCUUUCUCUUGAUCCACCAAAUAAAAAAGAAAAGUAACGGUGGAUCAUUAAGAGAAAGAAGAAUAUUGUUUGGACAUCUCUUGAAAGAGAAGCUUCUGUUAUCACUUACUGGUUCCACAGGAUAAGGAAAAGGAGAUUGGAACCCUGUGGAACCAAGUGAUAACAUUAGAAGCUUCUCUUUCUAUGGCGGGUAUAUCAGCUUCACUUCCUUUCUCUCUUUGAGCCUCAUGUCUUUACUGUGGGCUCUUAAGAGCCAGACAUUGAGGCUCAAGAGAAAGGAUAAGGAAGCUGAUGUUAGAUACCCGCCAUAUAAUUUUCAUUCAUUAAUUUUCCCAUUCUCUCUUUCUCUAAUUUUAAUUUGUUGUAAAAGAAAUUGAUAAACAACAAAUUAAAAUAGAAAGAGAGAGGAAAAUUAAUUAAGAAUGAAAAUUAGAAAGGAAUUAUGAAUCCAACAUAUGCUUCCCUUCUCCUUUGAAGAAAUGAAAAGAAUGUAAUCCCCAGGCUUCUCUUAUUAUCUUUUUUCUUUAUGAUUCAUUUCUUUCAAUAAUCUUCUCCAUCAUCUGGUGUUCUUCUUUUCUUUUUGUCUUCUCUUUUCUUUGGAGUUGCUAAAGAAAAAGAAAAACUACAACUCCAAAGAAGAAGACAAAAAAAGAAGAACACCAAGGAGAAGAUGAAAGAAAUGUAAUCCUGUAAGAAAAAAGUAAUGCAAAGAAGUAAACGUAAUGAAAUGAAAAACCAAUUUGUAAACCCACUGCUGUGGGAAUCAAGAAAGAUAACUAAGAGCUACUCUCAUGCCAGUAAAAAAGAAAAUUGUAAAGACAAAAUAUAAACCAUUGGAAACCAUUGACCAUUAAUGACCAUAAACUCAAGAUACUAAAUGUAAAGAAAUAUAAGAUUGAAACUGGAGAGAAGAAAUGAUUAGAAAAGAUUAGAAAUGAAAUGAUAUGAUAAACCAAAAUGCAAACCCAUGAAAAGAGAAAAGAGAAAAGAUAUAGAAUAUGAGUGUUAUAAUCCCUAGAUAUAAGAUAAUAUGUAAAGACAAGAAGUUAUUAAUGAAAAAACCCAAUGCUUGACGAUUGAAAACCCAAAAAUAAUACCCAAAUUCCUUAAAGAAAGAAAAUAAUUGUAAGAAAAUAAUUUAAGAGAACAAAAAGAAGAGUGAUAAUCAAGAAAACCAAAUAUUAAUAAUGAUAAUGAACGUAAGAUAAUGAAUGCUGAAAAGAAAGAUAAGGUGUUACGACAGGAAAAUAAGUGUCUCAAUCCCCAGAAAUAAGAUCUGAUAAAAUAUUAAAUGUAAAGAAAUGUAAAUAAGAAAUUUAAGUUGUUACGACCAUAAAAUAAUGAAUUCCUAAAAAUAAACCAAUGGUGGUCAAGAGAAAAGAAAGAUAAGAAAAUUACAUUUUUACAAGAGAGAAUCAGAUAUUGAAACCAAAACUUCCAAAACUUCUGGGAUUAGAGAAAAGAUAUAGGAAGUGAAAUAAGAUUUUGUAUAGCCAAAAGAUUAUUAAGGUACGAAUUAGCCCAUAAAUAAUAGCCAGAUGCUAGAAGAUAAUGGAUGACCAUAAAGAAUAUGAAUAAUUUUUAAUGACAACUAUAAAACCAAUGAGAAAAAGAAGUAAUAGCCAUGAGAUCAUUAAUUACUGCUGUUAGAAUCACAGGAAUGAAAAGAACCAAGAUCUUAUUAGGAGAUAAUGAAAAAGAACCACAGGAAACCAAGAAACUCACUGUGAAUAAAGAAUUCAAGAACCUCAGGAACCAUCUACAGGAAGAGAUCUACAGGCAUGGAAUGUUUUUCUCCUGAAGGAGACCCAGAGAAAGGUAUCAAUCAUCAGGAAGUUCUUUAACAACCGUUAACGGUUAAGCCAGGAAAUGGCUGUAAAGGAAAUGGAAAUCUGUCCAGCUUAAAUCCAUGCCUUGGAAUCAAAGAGAAGAACUUUAAUACUCUUUUCCUUUAAGGACAUGGGAUUAUAUUCCUGAUCUUGAGAUUAUAUUUCUAGGGUCCUGCGGAGCUAUACUCGAGGAUGGCCUGAUGGCCAUCGUGCGGGCAAUCUUCGAUUGCUCAGCCUCAAAGGCUGACCGCACAGAGCGUUACGCUGCUGCAAGCCCCAGAUACUGGAUGAAAAGAAAUUAAAUUUUAUACGUCCUCCUCAGUUCCUUUCCUUUCUCUUAAUCAAUUGUGAAAAGGGAAUGAAAACACAAUUGAUUAUAAAUGAGAAAGGAAAGGACAAGGAGGACGUAAUUAUUAAAUUUAUAAUUUCUUUUCCUUCAUCACGAUAUUGAUCCACAGAUCCACAAUUUCUUUUAUGAAAAGUUAACAGACGGAUCAUUAUUGAGCUGAGGCUCUAACCGUCUGGUUAUUAACUUUUCAUAAAGAAAUGUGUUAUCUCGGAUCUCGUGAUGAAGAUUCCUUUCCAACCGUCGGUCAAGAGCUCUUAAAAGAAGAACCGUGAGGAGCUCUUAAUGGACCGACGGUUAUGGAAAGGAAUUGGAAUCCAUGUUCACGAGCUCAAUCACUUAAAAAAAGACAAUCGUGAUUGAAUAAUGCUCGUGAACUUAUGAUUCCGUCUCUUAAAAGAAAAUGAUUCACGGUCCGUCUUUAAUUCUCUUUUUAUGUGGCCACACAAUCAUUGGCACAAUCAUAAGAAAGAAAAGCCAAUGGUGGCCACAUAAAUAAAAGAGAUUAAAGACAUAGGACCGUGUAUAAUCAUAUUUCUUUAAGAGACAAUCAUUUCCUUUACUUUCUUUUUGAAAAUGAAAUGGUGGCUCGUUCCUGAAGAACUUCGUUCAGCCACCAAAAUUCCAUUUUCAUAAAAGAAAUUAUUAAAGGAAAUGAUGUGGGCCUCAUCUUCAGAUGACAGCUACGCUGGGCCCACAUGAUCCGUCUAGAAGCGUUCAGCCUGAAGCUGAAGAAAGAGCUUCUACAAGACGGAUCGAAUCCAUUGUCACGAGCUGAGCCCUCAAAGGCUCUUCUGGAAGCUCGUGAAGACAAUGGAUUCCUUUCAUUUAUGAAAGAGAAAAAGGAAAUCUAAUAUUGUGGGCAUAAUAAAGAGAUCAAGAAAGUAGCCCACAAUAGAUUUCCAUUUUUCUUUUCAUAAAGGAAAGAUUGAGACACGAUCGCUGGCAUCUUCUUGAUCACCGGGUUAAGACACGCUCUUCAAGAGCUUAACCGGUGAUAAGAUGCCAGCAGUAAGAUCGUGUCUCAAUGGAUUCCUGAAUUCCUAAGAAAAUGAUUGAUGACUAGUCACGAGCUUCAUCUUGAGGAUGAAUGCAUCUUGCUCGUGAGUCAUCAAUUCAUUUCUUAGGUUCAGGAAUCGAAUCUCUCUUAAAUGCUGGCCAUAUCAUGAGCCCAAAAAAAAAAAUGAAAAAGGAACGGGCUCAUGGGCCAGCAUAAGAGAGAUUCAGUCUCUUGAUCCAUCUCUUUUUUCUUUUCUUGUGAGCCCUCAAUAAAGAGAAAAGAAAAGGGCUCACAAUAAGAAAAGAAAAUAAGAGAUUAGUGAUCAAGAGACACAGGAAAUCCCAUGAAUUUUGAUUUUAAAAUAAUUUAUCGGUGGUCAUGUUCAUUACGAUAAAUUAUUAAAAUCAAAUUCAUGAAUGCGAUUUCCUGUCUUCUUUUUUCUUAAAAAUUCUUUUUCAUUUUAUGAUCGUAAUGACCUGGCUGACUAAAGAAAGAUAAAAAAGAAUCGUCAGCCAGAAAUACGAUCAUAUGAAAAAAGAAUUUAGAAAAAAGAAGGAUUCCUGUAGCAUCGAUCUCUUCUCUGGUCUCAUCUUUACUUUGGGCUCGUAAUUCCUUUCUUUUGAGCCCGAAAGUGAGACCAGGAGAUGAUCGUAUGCAUCAGGAAUCUUCAUCAGGAAAAAGGAUUUUCUCUUUAUGAUCGCAAUGAAAAUGACCGUCGAUCAGAAAGAAAAUCCAAAUUUCCUGAUGAUGAUGGAGAUCAUGAAGAGGAUCCUAUUUCCACGGUCAGGCUUUAAUCAUUUGUGCUCCUGAUGAGCACGAUGCCAGACCAUAGGAUCCUCGAUCUGAUCUCCAUCAACAUUUUCUUAACUUUUUCUUUCUAUUGUAGAUCUGGAGGAUAAUGUUUCCUUUUCAUUUAUUAUCCUCCAUGUGAUCUACAAUUAAAGAAAGAAAAAUUAUUUAAGAAAAUGUAUUUCCUUUCAUUUAAUUUUAUUUUAUUUAAAAGAGAAGGAGAGACACGGUUAAUGAUGGCAAGGCUUCAGGCCUUCAAUCUUUGAUUGGCCAUCAUAGUGUCUCUCCGUUUCUCUUUUAAUAGAAAAAUACAAUUUUGAAAGGAAAUCAUUACAGGAAAUAAAAUAAUCCCCGCAUUAAUCAAUUCUCUUUUUAUCUGUUGACAAAUAAUUUAAAGAAAGGAAGGUCAACAGAUAAGAGAAUUGAUGCGGGGAUCUUAUUUCCUGUAAUGGAUGAUGGAUCAGGAUGAUCUGAUGUCCUGUCUCGCUGGCUCUAUCCAACUUUCCCCUCAUGAUCCUAUUUCUUCUCCAGACGGAUCAUGGGAAAGUUAGGAUGCCAGCAAUUGGGACGGACAUCAUGAUCCGAUCCGAUCCAUCAUCUGGCGGUCAGGUCAUCAGGACCUGAGGCUCUUCGAGCCCCGCCACAUUAACACGCCCUUAUAAUUUCCUCUCUCUCAUCUCCCGAUUGCUUUCAUUUCCUUAAAGAAAGACAAAAGGAAAUGCAAUCUGGAGAUGAUUAAGAGAGAGAGAAAUUAAAUGGCGUGUUAAUGGAAAGUUCUCCACAAACCAAAUGAUUGUAAGAAAAAGUUUAAUGAUCGUGUUUAUUACGAGCACACUCGUUCACGAUCAACUUUUUCUUUGUCAAUCAUUUGUUGGUGGAAACAGAACUUUCCAUUUAUAAUUUGUUAUUUUACUUAUUUUUCAAUUUAUUAUUUAAUUGAUUUUCUUUUUUACAAUUAAAUAAUAAUAAAUUGAAAAUAAGUAAAAUCACAAAUUAUA